GCCUUCGCCUCCGCCUCCGCUGCCGCCACCGCCGCCGCCACCAUCGCCACUGCCUCCACCUCCUCCACCGUCGGCCGCUCAGCUGUUUCUGUUUACUAAACAAAGGAGCCAGUUCAACGCUGGAUGGCGAACGGCGCGUUCGCGCGCUACGCUACUCGUUCUCCGCUCGCGGGAUCGACGCUGACGCCGACGACGACGACGUACGCUCGAGUCCGCGCGACGCCGCGAACUCGCUGACGUGACGCGCCGCGACGCGACGCGAUCCGCGAAGGGAUCACCCCCGGCGCUCGGUCCGUCUGGCUCCGCAUGCGAAGGGGAUAACUACUCGGGAGAGCACUGUGCGACCGCUCCGACUGCGACGGCGAGCGCGGAGCGGCGGCCCGAGGUCCGAAGGGCGCGCUCAAACAAAUGCUGUAAAAAUGCCGUCGUUGUUGGAAGCGCUGGAGCUGAAGUACGGCAGUUCAACAACGGACUGCUCGUUGACCGACGACGAGGCGGAGUCCGGUUCACCCAAAGCCGCCCUGUCGGUGAGCAUCUUCAUCCCCAAGAAGUCUCCACGGCACACGGUGCCGGCGCUGCUGGUGCUUCAGGAUUGCGACAUAGAGUCGGCGGGCAAUGACGACGAGAAGCUCCGCAGCAAGUGCAAGAACGUCGAGGAGCUUGACCUGGCGCAGAACAAGCUGUCGCAAUGGACGGAGGUAUUCGGCAUCCUGCAGCACAUGCCCAAGAUCAAGUUCGUAAACUUGAGCUUCAAUUGCCUUGCGGAAGUGCUGGACAUCAAACACGGUAACUACGAUCUUCUGAGGAACCUUGUGCUCAACGGUACCAGAGUGUCCUGGUCGACGGUGCAAGGGCUGGUGCAGCUUCUACGUAAUCUUGAAGAACUUCAUUUAUCCUUAAACGAAUACAAAACGGUGGAUCUGGAUCAUCAAAAACCGGAGAACGUGAAUCCAGCACUGAAGAAAUUACACUUUACCGGCAAUCCCGUGGAAAUUUGGAAUGAGAUCACGAAGCUAGGAUAUCUUUUUCCGAAUCUAAAGAGCCUCGUUCUCGCCGAGUGUCCGAUCAGGUCGCUCGGUUUGGAGGAAAAUCGGAAUUUGCCGAGCGAGGAUACCCGCCGAGCUAAGGAAGAGGCCCAUGGACAGGAUACCGAAAACAUGAAUCACUUAGAUGCAGAUGAACACACUUCGUCGACGGAUGAGACGGGAAACAGGAUAUUCGAAAGCAAGGUCAACUAUGACAGAUCUGAAUCGAAGCCAGAAUCUAAUGGAACGACCAUUAAAUCGCCUCACGAUCCCUUCAGGAUGUUGAGGUUCUUGAACCUGAACGGCACCCUGCUAUCGACCUGGGACGAAGUCGAGAGGCUCGCCAGGUUUCCCGCGCUAAAGUCGCUCAGGAUCCAAGGCUGCCCGCUUUUCGAGAGUCCACGAGAGUACACAGAACACGAGAGGCGACAGCUACUAAUAGCACGGCUGCCGAACGUCGAGACUUUGAACGGCGGCGGCGUGAUAUCGUCUCAGGAGCGCGAGGACGCCGAGAGGGCCUUCAUACGUUAUUACAUGGACAAACCGGAAGCUGACCGACCCGAAAGAUAUUCCGAGCUCGUGGCUAUUCACGGAAAGUUGGACCCCCUGGUGAACGUAGAUUUGACACCGGAGAAAAGGGUCAAGGUCACAUUCACUUACGGAGAUCUCGUCGAGGUACGGUCUGUAGAUGUAUAUAGAACAGUUUUCGAAUUAAAAACCAAGUUGGAAAGUAUGGUGAAAAUUCCUGCCAACAGAAUGAGACUUUUCUACGUUGACCAGGAAAUGAAGGCGCAAUAUGGACCAGAGGAAAUGUUGUAUCCAAACAAGCAACUCUACCGAUACAACAUUAGGAACGGCGACGAGAUUAUCAUUGACAGCAAACUGAAUCGAUUUGCAUCGACAUCUUCUGCCACAUCUUCCAUUCGUUCCUGAAAAAGAACGACGAGUGAAUCGUGAAUCGAUAUCAAGGAAAUCCGAUAACUCUUCGGGUUCCGAUCUCCUUAUAGCCUCCGUGUUGCGAUGCUCGUUGUGACAAUACUGUUACAGAUAAAGAGACGGCGUCGCAAACGGUGUUCACGUUCGCGUUUGUUAAUGCCGCGAGUCUGUGAAAACCGAGAAAUGUUACAAUUUGAGAAAGACGAUUCGAGAGCAAAUGUUUCUUUACGUAAAAGUAUAAGAGUUAAAUGUAUAGAAUUAGCGAUUUGCGGAUGUUCAAUGUUACUUUAAACCGCAAAUAUUUCAAAAAUAAUAGUGGGCAGAUGAUACAAAGGGAAAUCGUGAAUCGCUAAAAAUUUGGUAAUUUAUGAGAGCCGAAGUUAUCUAAGGGCAAGAAGCGUUUCUUCAUAAACGGUAUGUCUAGACAUUUUCUGAAAAUGGUUGCAAAUUACAACCGUCAAUGCACUUUGGUCGCAGCAAAUGAUCGUAUGAUCCAACGCGAUUGUUAGAUAAUUAUUUCUUUGCAUAACAAACUCAUUCAGAAACCUCGAUGUAAAAACUUAAAUCGCUACUAACGAGCCUGGUGUAUAGAGAGUAAUUAAUUGUGUCCAGUGUACACGCGUACACGUGCUUAGAUGGGUAGUUAGUCGGUUUUUUUUUUCUUUAACGCGUAGUAGUUCUCAUUUGUCUUAGGAGACAAAGGAUAAUGAGAGAGCAGGAAUGUACAUAGCAAAUUUCAAUUUCCAGCCAAAUUCAAUGUAGCAAAGGAGAUUAACGCCGUUUGCUCGAUACGAAAGAAAGUGAUAGGAGCUUGUAGAGAAAGAUAAUAAGACUCGUCUUAAGACGAUGCCAACGACGAUUGUGACGACAAGACGUUGCCGUUGAGACUGCUGUAACAAAGAGAGCGAAAUAUUUUUGUAAAGAUCACGGACAAUUACCUUCAAAGAAAGUAUAAGAUUUACCGUAUCUCGUUCACGAGACAAACGCGUUUUGCUUCUUCUCGCUCGAGCACCGGGCAAUGAUAAAAGUGUGUAACGCAGUCGCAAUCGAGUUUGCGCUCUGAGAGUCGCGAGAGUCGCUUGUAAAAGGCAUGGUGAAACUUUACGCGAAAUUUUUAAAAGUGCUUUAAAGAGUUAGCGGAUUGUACUCAUAUCGCUGGUUUGCGAAAGCGUCGUCCACUUACGUUGUCAUCUCGACAAGUGAUCUCUGUACUCUGUAUACUUACAAGUGAACACUUUCCUCUCCGUAAACUCCGUGCGUGAGAUUAAAACGCACAGUUGUUACCAGCUCCUGAAUCGCGACGUGAAUUGUAACGCAGUCUUCGUGAAGCGCGAGAGAAAAUUUGUGAAACCGCGCGGGAGUCGUAUACGAUUGAAAAUACGUUGCUAUCGUCUAUUUUCGGUACGUACUUAACGCUACGAGUACAAGAUCUUCACUUCAUCGAAUUUCAUAUCUUCGAAUAAUAUCCUUUUCUCUUGUAAUUCUUAGGUAUUGAAUUUGUGUGGCAGCAUAUCGCAAUCGUUCUGUCGCGAGAACGGAAAUCGUAAUACGUUGACGACAGCGGUUGAUAUAGAGCUGAUGUAAAUCUCAAAUGUGAUAAAUAUAGGCAGCGUCGAUUGCGAUUUAUGAUGCGCGCGUAUAAUUUACGUGAUAUAGAUUCGUAAUCAUUCUCGAAUCUUGAAAGCAUAUCUUUUUUUCCCCGAAUGCUAUAAAUACGUCUCGUUGCAUUUACAGCUUAUCUCCCCCGAUUUAAGGCACGGAACGAGCUUGCGAAAAGAAACCAAGAAACGUUGCGUUGCAUCGCUUUGUUUUUGAAUCCGUCGGACGGUGUGUAUCGGGUUUCGAUUUCUUUUGCCCACAAGCAACGAAGCUUGCGGAGUCACUUAGUGCCUGCCUUUUACGUACUAGCAGUAACUUGGAUACUUCUAACACUGCCCUGUGAAUAUGAUAAAACGUAAUUCGGGACGACAAGGUUCUCGGUAUAGUAACGAGAAACGCAGACCGAAUUCUUGGAGCAGCUAAAACUCCAGUAUUGACCAAGAUUCAUCUUUGUAUGUCGUAGAGUGAAACGUCACUUAAAAAAAAACAACAUUUGAGUUCAUGCAAUUUUUCAAGUGACUUUUCACUCUACGAUUUAGAGAAUAAUAAAAUUUUAUUAUUAUUGUAUAGAAUUAACAAUGUCUUAGUUGUGUCCCAAUUAACAAAUAUAAAUAUUCUGGAACGCUGUUUCGUUUGCGAUCAGUGAAGAGUCAGUUAAUGUUUGCCGUGAAAUAGUAUUGCUGCUGAAAAAAUUUGGUCGGACGUUUCCCGGAGACCGGAGCAGCAUUGCGAUAGUCAGGGAAAUGUUAACUGUAGAAUUCCAGUGCCAGUGUCGCACGUUCUGCCUUCGCGGCAUGGUUUAGUAAACAACGGAAAAUGAAAAUCAAUCAUAAAGGAGGACAAGGACGGAAUGGUAGUGGGGUCCCAUGACGCAUGUGUCUAGUCUCGGAAAAGGAACUUUGCAUUACUUUCAUUUUGUAAAAUACGAUCCUUUUUUGUGCUGGCGCAAAUGUACGUACUAACGAAAUAAAUCGUUUAUAUGAUAAA